AUGUUUGCUAUUCACCCCGCUGAGAGAUUGCUCAAGUUCAAAGUGAUUGUCUGUACAAUGAUGGCUUCUACUUAUUUAAUGCUUGGCUAUGUUUCAUCAAAAUUCUCGCAUAUUAUAAUUGAUGAAGCUGGGCAGGCAAGUGAACUUGAAACUCUUGUUCCGAUGGUUGGAGUAAUUGGAGAAAGGAACGAUUGUAAAAUUAUUUUGGCUGGGGAUCAUAAGCAACUUGGUCCCGUUGAAAAUGUGGAUUAUUUUCGAAGGAAUAAAUUUAAUAAUUCUUUAAUUGAACGACUUCAAACUGUUGAAUGCUACAAAGAUGAUGAACGUAUUAUGACUUUUCUUCGCAAGAAUUAUCGCUCACAUGAGGCAAUAAUUAAAGUUCCUUCACGCCUUUGCUAUAAUAAUUUAUUGGUUGCCGCUGAGGAUGCCUUACCAAGAGAUAAACUUGCUAAUUGGGAAGGACUUCCAACAAAGGGGUUUCCUCUUCUUUGGCACCAUAUUGACUCCCCAGAAAAAUGUGAAGAUAAAGGGACUUCAUAUAUGAAUUUUGGCGAAUUGGAACUGGUUCUUGUUUAUGUGAAGAAAAUUAUCAACGAAUUAAAUGUAAAACCUGUUGAUAUUGGAAUAAUUAGUCCAUAUACAUAUCAGGCUCGUAGACUUCGUCAUUCAUUAAUGGGUGACUUUGCUGAUAUUACUGUGGACACUGUUGAACGUUUCCAAGGGUCACAACGCCGUGUUAUUAUUGUUACUACUGUUCGUAGCAACCCAGCUGAAAAACUUGGGUUUAUGUAUUCUAAAAAGCGUUUCAAUACAACAGUUGCCCGUGCUGAGGAAUUGUUGGUAAUUGUUGGAAAUGCAAAAAUUAUGACUAAAGUUUCUUGUUGGGGAAGUAUGUACGAACAUUGUCAUCAAAAUAAUGCCGUUAUUGGAGUUCCAGAAGAAUUAAAGAAAGAAAUUUUGGUUAAUAUUGAAAUUAUGAAGUCAAAAAAUAUUGAAGAUGAUGAAGAAAUGGAACCUCAAAAGGCUGCUAAUUGGAGUGAACCAAAGAAAUUUACAACAAAUGAAUUAAAAGAAAGACAUGUUGAUGUGUCUAGCUCUUCUGGCGAUGAAGCAGAUGAAUAUAGUACAACGGACAGUUCUUCAUCUGAUUCAGAAUAUGAAGAAGAGGAAGUUGAAGAAUCUGAAGUAAAUGAAGAUGACGAAUUUGCUUCUAUUGAUGAUGGAUCUGUUGGUCGUGGGGAAGGAGGGAAAAUUCGAAAGAAAGCUUCAGAUGAUGAAGAAGAGGAAGGAGGAGGGGAAGAAAUUGUUGAGACAAAUUUUGUUAUGAAUGGAGAAGGGGAGGAGGAUGCAGUUCAGGACGUUUUGAAUAAUUGCGUCACUACAAUUGUGGAUGAAAAUACAUAAAUUUAAAUUGUUAUAAGAGUUAAAAAGAAAUUUAUU